UUUCAUAAUAUAUUUUGUCUGAAUAUAAAUAAUUAAUUUGCUAAAAUAUAAAGUGAACGAAUUUUUAAUGGCUCCUUGUUUGAAAAUGGGUUUUAUUUUCCUUUUGUUUGCCAUUUACUUCCAAUUUGGAUAUAGUUUGCAUUGCUAUCGGUGCAUCGGAGGAACGGGAUCAUCAUGUGAUGUUUUCAACAAACAACAUCCAAAUGUUCCAUUAAUACAUUGCGGUGAACCAGAGAAUGGAUUUCAUUGCAUGCAAACAGCUGAAUUAAUUAAUAAUCGGCGUCGCGUGGAACGGGGAUGUAUACACUUAAGUAAAGGGGAUCGAAAUCCCUGUACUGAGUUGAUUGCCAUAGAAAUAUCUCGGCUCAAUUAUACGGUACUACAUUGUAGUUUGUGUCAAAUAGGUAAUGGUUGUAAUAGCGAGACACCAGAAGAAAUAAAAUAAAAUAUACAAAAUUAAAGUUAAACUAUUUUUAAAAUUAAAUAUUGAUUACUGAUUUUCACAGAAAGAUUGACUUUUAUUUCCAUAUUUCCAUAAAGGUCUACGGCCCCUUCCCAUGUCUUAACAGAGAUGAAUUUUUUGUCCCUGAUUUAGUUGAAAAUCAUUUUCUAGAGUAAUUUUGAUAUAAAAAAAUACAAAAAACGAAUCUCUGAGAUAUUAAAUGAAAUUGUAAACGAGGAUAGUAUCUCCGUGCAAUUGCUUCAGUGGAUACCCCAGAAACUCGUAGAUCAAUCGCUAAAUUUAUCCAAUUUACGUGUCUGUGGAUUAUUUACCGUACCAAAAUACAUACAAAUUCAGUUUAUUUAGCGAUGUCUCUUAAACGAUUCACCCUAUCGUUAAAUGAAAUUGAUUUUUGUAACUUUCGAGUCAACUUACCCCCUAUAUACCAAGUUUCUAUGAG